AUGGGAUCAACCGGAACUUUUGACGGCCUGCCACCGCUUUUCGAGCACUGCAUCGACGACUACAGGCCCAUCAAAGUCAUCUGUAUUGGUGCCGGUAUUUCUGGCAUCUUGACUGCGAUCCGAUUUCCGCAAAAGAUACAGAACCUUACUUUGACCGUUUACGAGAAGAACGCCAACGUUGGAGGGACUUGGUUUGAGAACAGAUACCCCGGUGUUCGAUGCGAUAUCCCCAGCCACAGCUACCAGUACACCUUCGAAAACAACAAUCAAUGGAGUGAAUAUUAUUCAACUGGUGGCGAGAUUCAGGCGUAUCUUCAGCGCACAGCUCGGAAGUAUGGCGCGUACCGAUACAUGAAGUUCAAUCACACUCUCAAAGGCGCCACCUGGAAAGCAGACGAGGGGAAGUGGCAUGUUACCCUUGAAGAUACGACAACCGGCACUACUUUCAUCGACACUUGUGAUAUCUACCUCAGCGCGACCGGAAUUCUCAACAAAUGGCAGUGGCCGACCAUUGAGGGACUAAAAGACUUCAAAGGAAAACUCGUGCAUUCAGCAAACUGGGAGGAAGAUACGCCACUGAAAGAUAAGGACGUUGCCCUCAUUGGUGCUGGCUCCUCGGGGAUCCAGAUUCUCCCGACUAUCCAGCCCAUUGCGAAAAGGGUAGAUCACUACAUGUCCGGCAAGACCUGGAUCUCGCCCAUUGGCUUCGGCAGUCAGGAACUCAAACUUCGGGGAGCUACUGGGAAUUUUAAGCAUACAGAAGAAGAGCUCGAGAAAUGGAGGAAAGACCCUAAAGAGUACCUGAAGUACAGGCAUCACAUCGAGGCCAUGGUCAAUGAAGCCUCUUUGAUCACCCUCUUCGGCACACCUUCCCAGAAGGAGUUCCAAAUCAUCAAUCGCGAAGCAAUGGCCAAGAAGUUGGAGAAGAAGCCUGAGAUAAUGGCUGCUCUUGAGCCCGCUUUCCCGCCAGGCUGCCGGCGUCUCACUCCCGGCCCCGGGUAUCUCGAAGCUUUGCUAGAAGAUAACGUAGAGUUCAUCAACACCAAGAUCAAGAAGAUCGUGCCCGAAGGCAUUGAGACCGUUGAUGGUAAGCUCCGCAAAGUCGACACCAUCAUCUGCGCUACUGGCUUCGACACCACACUGCGACAGCCUCUCCCCAUCAUCGGCGAAGACGGCGUCUCCCUCGAUGAUGUAUGGAAUCCUACCCCAGAGUGCUACUUCGGCAUCUUCCCACCGAAAAUGCCCAACCACAUGCGCUUCCUCGGUCCCAAUGGUGGUCCUGGCACCGGCAGCUUGAUCCAUCUCGUCGAGUGUGCGUGCGAGUACAUGAUUAAAGUGGUGCAAAAGCUGCAGCGCGAGUACAUCAAGUCCAUCGUCAUCAGCCCGCGGGCCAACAAGCAGUUCAGCAACCAUCUCGACAAGUACUUCACCAAGACCAUCUACACGCAGCCGUGCAAGUCAUGGAUGAAGCGCGGUAAAGAGGAUGGCCGGGUCGUGACGCUCUGGUCUGGGUCGUGUAUCCAUGCUACCGUGGCGUUUGAGAAUCCGAGGUGGGAGGACUUCAACUACGACUUGUUGCCUGAAAUUAUAGGUAAUGAGUACUCGUGGCUGGGUAAUGGGCAUACGCUUGCGCAGCAUGAGGAUAGGGUGACGACGGAUUAUCUUGAUAAAGUCAAUAUCCCGCCGGUCAUCAACCCGGAGGAGCAUGCGCCAGGGGGUGUAGCGCAUUCGGUCACUGUGCCAGGUUUACUUUGAGGCGGAGCGGGAAGGAGUUCUUAUUCUUGGAUGUAUGAUUGGUGAUUAAGCUAUCAUUUUAUCACAAAGAAGAGGCGCUUCCAAUUUACUGCCUAAAUAUGUAUUCUUGAACGAUAAAUUCGCAUGGUAUAGUGUCGCGGCUGAUAGUCAAAGUGAAUCAGGU